AUGGCACAACAUGAAAUCAUAAGACAAAAUUUAAGAGUCAUUACCUACUCUAUACCUAAUCACAUUGAUCUUAUUAAAGAAUUUGGUUUUCCGGAUUUACCACCCGGUAUAGCGGCAGUUCCCGGUAUGUGUGGUGUGGAAAGAAAUCCUUAUCAAAUACAUAAAUCACCAGCCUACAACAUAGAUAAAGAUGCCAUUUUAACGGUACAAACCUCAGAAAUAUUUCCCCAUGGUUUUCCCACCGAUUUCUCCAUAGUAUUGGCUGUACGUAGCAGUCGCACAAGUCCGACCGCUGCACCAAUUUUCACUAUAUAUUCGGAUGAAAGUGAAGAAGUACUAUCGCUCAGUAUCGGACCACAGAUUAAAUUUAGUUAUGAACAAAUCGAUGCGGGUUUUAAUCAACAUAAUGAUAUUAACUUCGGUAUUGGCAUUAAUGAUGAUAAAUGGCAUCGUAUUGGUCUGAGUGUAAAGGGUAGUUCGGCUACGUUGAAUUUGGAUUGUACGAAACAAGUAACUAGAAGAUUGGAACGUACUUUGGGCAGUUCAAUAGCUACGAAUGGUUUGAUUUUGACUGGUGUACAAAUGAGUAAUGAUGAUGGUUUCUUUAUGGGUGACGUGCAAAUGAUGUCUAUAUGGAAUACUCCGGAGGCAGGUUAUGAAGUUUGUACCAAAUAUGUGACGCCCUGUAUAGAUGAAUCAUUUUAUGGAGAGGAUAGUCAGAAAACUACUAGAAGUUUCUCACAUGCUCAGAGCGGUAGUAGAGGAAAUGUAUCGGGCUCAUCUAGAUCAAGAAGUAGUUAUUCGAGUAGUUCAAGUUCUGGCUCAUUAAGUGCGGAUGCUUUACGUUCUCGAAUAACUGGUAAUGGCAGGAGUGGUAAUUUCGAGUAUACGGCAGCAGGUGAAGUUUCAAAUGAUGGUUCUUUAUCGGCCGCUGGACAAAAUCCCUCUUUGGAUGUAGGCAUUGUAGGUGAUGGUUUAAAAAAUAAUGAAUUUUCUCUCAGUGCUGCGGGCGCUUCAAACGGCGCAGCUGUAAGGCCUAGAACCGAUUUUGGUUUAUCAGGAGGUGCUUCAAAUGGUUUUGGAACCACUUACCACUCUAAUGAAACGAAAAAAGAAGCUGAAAUUUCAGAUGUAGAUUACGCCAUUGAGGGAGACUAUGAAGGUUUAACAAAUUCCAGUGAAUUUCCUUUAACAGGUCAGGAGGGCACACAAACAUUGGAUCCAACUUCCACCGGAUCGGAUGAGUUGGGAGGCGAGCAAUUACCUAAUAACGAUAAAACUACAAAAACGAGAAAAACUAAAAAAGAUCGAAAAAAAUCGAAAAAAUCAUCAAGAGAAGAACUUUCUGCCGAAAUAGAUUUUAGUAAUCCCAUCGAUUUGGGUAAUGAAGAAAACAAUAGAACAAUAACAACUACAACUAAUGGUACAACUUACGAUAGACCCAUUGGUUCUAGUGGUCCACCUUGCUAUCCAGGUCCUAGAGGUUAUACCGGAUUGCCAGGUCCACCAGGAGAUCGUGGUCCUAAAGGAGAACCUGGUCGUGAUGGAUUACCUGGAGCGGAUGGUAUUCAAGGUCCCGCUGGCCAUGUUUUUGUAGUGCCAACCGUACCUGGCGGUAGUGGUGGUAAUGAGAAAGGUCCCGAUUCCCAAGUUGAGGCCUUAAGACAAAUGAUUUCUCAACAUAUGAUGGCUUUACGUGGUCCUGAAGGCCCAACAGGUCUUACAGGACCGCCUGGUCCACCCGGUCUCACUGGUCCUCAAGGUCCUAAAGGCGAACCCGGAGAUGCUGGUGAGCCAGGAUUACGAGGUCUUCGUGGUCCCACCGGUCCACAAGGACGUGAAGGUAGACGUGGCCGUUCUGGAAGAGAUGGAGAACGUGGUGCUCAGGGUCCUCAAGGCCCUAAGGGAGAAAUGGGUCCUGUUGGUCCAAUGGGCAUACCUGGAGAGAAGGGACAUCGUGGAAGUCCUGGUCAAAGAGGUGAAAAAGGUCAACAAGGUGUAGAAGGUCAUCCGGGAGAAGACGGUCCACCAGGCCUUCCAGGUUUACCAGGUGAAUUAGGACCCCGUGGCUUUCCUGGUCCACGUGGUUUCCCUGGACCUAUCGGUAUGCCACUAUUGCUUCAAAACUUUAAAGAUGAAAUGACAUAA